AUGCCGCCUCCAAAUCUCGCCCUCCGCCAGAUCCCCUCCUCCCUACUCGACCAGCUUUCCCUCCCUCAUCCUGCCGGCACCGGCCCCAGCGACUCGACCCCCAUCCUCCCCCGCCAAAACUCUGACCCCGAAAUCAUCGUGCCCGCGACCUAUGGCGGCACCAAUAGCGGCCUCGAGCCCGCCGCCGUGGCCGGCAUCACCCUCGGCGCCGUAGCCGGCUUUCUCCUUCUCGUCUACGUCCUGUACAUGUGCGCCAAUGGCGUCGGGCCCAGCGCAGACUACCGCUCCUCGACCUACGGCGCCUCCACGCUCUCCGUGCGCCGCCGCUCGCGCAGCCGCGCGCACCGCCAUCAGAGCCGCGGUCCAAGUCGUGCGCGCGUCGUCGCCACCGAGAGAGUCAGGGUCAGAGAGAGCGGAGUGGGCGCGCCAUUUGUGGUCGAGGCCGAACCCGUUCCCAUGCGGGAGAGGACGCGAUCGGUCAGCAGGGCGCCGCCUCCGCCGCGGGUCGUCGAUGACGAGGAUGACGAGGUUGUUGUCAUUGAGGAGCACACGCCGCCGAGGAGGAGUCGCAGACACAGCCGGAGAGGGAGCGGAGCCCUGCCCCUCCCCGUCCUGACCACUGUCCAGACACGUACCUCUGCAUCGUCCAACGCCCUCCCCCCGCUCAGCUCACAGGCUCAAGUGAAUGACAUGGCUGAUCUCACUACCUACCGCGGCAAUUGCCACUGCGGUGCAUUCGUCUUUGAGGUCGACCUUCCCGUCCUCACCUCCGUCACCGAGUGCAACUGCAGCAUCUGUCGCCGGAAGGGGUACAUCGGGGACUUCCCUAUCAGCCGCGACGUCUUCCGCAUCGUCAAAGGCAACGAGGACGACCUCGCAGUGUACGAGUUCGGAGCCAAGAAGUACCAGCACAAGUUUUGCGCCACCUGCGGCACGGCCGUCAUCAUGAGCAAUGCGUACAUCUGGGUGUGGCCGAUGCGUGAACAAGUGGUUCUUUUCAGCGACGAGAAGAACAUCUCGCGGUACGAGUUUGGCAAGAAAAAUAUGGGCAAAAUGUUUUGCCGCAUAUGCAGCGUACACAUGACCAACUUUGCCGCUGAAAAGUCGGAGGAAGAGCUCGCUGCCAUGUCUGGCGAGGAGCGCGCGUACUUUGAAGGGGGCAAGGCGCGGCAUCCCGUCAACCUGCGGGUGAUCGACGGGUUGGAUCUGGAUGCUCUGCGAGGCAAGAUCACGCGGAUCAAGGGGGCCGAGGCGCCGCCAGCAUAUGUAAACCCUUAA